GUGAACAACCCACAUAUUCCUCACCAUGUCGACCGUCUUACCACCUCCUUCAAAGCGGCAAAAGACUGCUGCGGCCACGAAAGCACGCGAACCCUUAAACACAACUCCCGAAACGAUUCCAGAUGCACAGCAGCGCAUACAAUUCCUUGAUGCAGAUACUGGCGCGCCGGCGAGCGAGCCCGUGUUCGUGCAACUAUCACAAUUAUCACCAAAGAACCUCUCGUUACUACUAAAUACUCUUCUCGGGCACACAAAUCCGGAUGAUCGCCUACCAUACCGGUUUUACAAUCCAUACAGCGAUGGCAGCGCCGAGUUCUCACAAGAGGAGGUAAUCAGGAAGUAUUUGGACGGAACGGCCACAACUGAGUUGGCCUUGAAUAUACCUUUCCGAGCAGAAGCUGUGUUCAAGGUCAAGCCUGUCACAAGAUGCUCAGCCAGCAUCAGUGGACACGGCGAGUCGAUAUUAAGUGCAGCUUUCAAUCCAGCGACGUCGUCAUGGCUGGCAACAGGGUCGGGAGACAAGACAGCGCGAAUUUGGGAUUGUGAUACUGGUACGCCGAAACAUACUCUAAAAGGGCAUACGGGAUGGGUGCUCGUGGUGGCAUGGUCGCCGGACGAGGGACUGUUGGCGACAGGGAGUUACGAUAAUACAGUGCGACUGUGGGAUCCGAAGAAGGGCACACAACUCGGCGGACCACUGAAAGGGCACACGAAGCCAGUUCUGAGCAUAGCGUGGCAACCGUACCACAGUCGCGAUCCUGGGCGCCCUCUGCUGGCUUCAGCAUCGCAGGAUUUCACAGUACGGGUAUGGGAUGCAGUGAGCGGGCACACGGAUAAGGCGCUCACUGGGCACAAAGGGCAUGUCACAUGCGUGAAAUGGGGAGGUACAGGAUGGAUCUACACGAGUUCGCGAGACAAGACAGUGAAAAUCUGGGAUGCUGACAAAGGGACAUUGGUCCACACUAUCAAUGCACACGCUCACUGGGUGAAUCAUCUUGCGCUCUCGACCGAUUUCGUACUUCGCACGGGUUACUUCGAUCACAAGGGCAGCAAAGAGGUACCGGAGACGGUCGAAGGCAAGCGGCAGAAAGCGAAGCAGCGAUUUGAUGCCGUGAUUGCAGGCACCGGUUCAGAACGCCUUGUGACGGUGAGCGACGACAUGACCAUGUUCUUGUUCGAUCCAUCACAAUCUACGAAACCGAUACAGAGAAUGCACGGCCACCAGAAAGCGAUCAAUCAUGUUACCUUCUCCGCUGAUGGGGUUUUGAUUGCCAGCGCAGGCUUUGACAAUCAUGUCAAGCUAUGGCAGGCGAAGGAUGGCAAGUUCAUCACCACGCUCAGAGGUCACGUUGGGCCUGUGUUCCAGACAGCCUUCUCGCCAGAUUCCAGGCUAUUAGUCAGCGCCAGUGCCGAUACGACAUUGAAGGCAUGGAAUGUGAGAGAAGGCAAGCUGGCGGAGAAUCUGCCUGGUCAUCAAGACAGAGUGUUCGCGGUGGACUGGAGUCCAGAUGGCGAGCGCGUUGGCAGCGGCGGCGAGGACAAAGCCGUGCGCAUCUGGAGACACUAGUCACCAUCUUUACAGAUUGCGACGUUGACGCAAGAGAGUCUCUGUCCGCAGAUGACUUGCCAGAGGGCGGCUUGUAUGAGUGAGCUGCGGGACGA